GCUUUAGCUUAAGAUUCAUCCAAAGAACUCUUUCUUCACUGGCCAAGAACUUUCGGUGUCCUCUUCAAAAACAAAAAAAAAAGAACUUUUGGUGUCAAUCAUGGCUGUAGCUAAUGUUGAGCCUGAUCUACCUGCUGGAUUCAGGUUUGAUCCAACCGAUCGUCAACUUGUUGAGUGCUACCUGACGAAGAAAAUUCUCAACCAACCUCUUCCAACUCACUUGUUUGAAUUUGAUGUAUUUCAAACUGAGCCAUGGAGGCUGCCACGAGAAAAUAGGUACUCUUUGGAGCAUAGGAAGUACUAUUUCUUUGAUCUCAGGAACCGUAGGUUCCAAAAUAUGGAUGCAACACCAGCUGGAAAUGGUGAAUGGAGAAUGGUUGAAUGGAACGAAGAGUUUGCUCUUUCAAACAAUCAAUUGAUUGUGAGAAAGAACACAUAUGUUUACUGGAGAGUGCAAGGAAGCCAAGCUGUGAUGACACAAUGGUGGAUGCAUGAAUUUGUCAUAAGUACAAUUUUUCAUCCAAUUAGGGUGUCACCUAUAGCUGCCUAUCGGAUAUUUAAGAUAUGAAGGUGGAAAGAGUUGAGAAGAAGGCCACCACACUAAUGGAGGAUGCAAGUUCCAUGAACUCAUGUUUCAUUUCCUAGGGUUUAGAAUAGUUUUAAUAGAUCCAUCUUUAGUUUAAACAAUUUAUUUGUAAGUCUUAUGGACAAUAAACAAUCUUUAAUCUUUUAUAGUUUUAGGAAUUGAGUUUUGUAUUUUGGACUCAUUUGAAUAAUAUUAAUAAGAAACUAU